AUGCAUAUAAAAAUUAAAUUAAAUAAGUAGUGCAAAAAGAGAGGGGAAAAACUGACGUAGUGCACAAGGGUUAAAUGUCUAGAGUCAGAAUUAGGUUUAAUAGCACUGGAAUAUGUUGUGAAUGUGUCAUUUUGUGGCAGCCAUACAUUGCAAUACAUAGUAAUAAAAACUUUGGAUUACAGUAAAUAAUAGUUAAAUUAAAUUAGUGCAAAAAAAGAAGUUGUGAAGUAGUGUUCCUGGGUUCAAUGUCCAUUCAGAAAUCAGAUCGCAGAGGAGAAGAAGCUAUCCCUGAGUCGUUGAAUGUGUGCCUUUAGGUUUCUGUACCUCCUCUCUGAUGGUAGCAAUGAGAAGAGGGCAUGUCCUGGAUGGUGAGGGUCCAUAAUGAUGGAUGCCGCCUUUUUGAGGCAUCGCCUUUAGAAGGUACCCUCGAUGCUGGGGAGGCUAGCGCACAUGAUGAAGCUGGGGUGAGCUUGCACCCCUCUGCAGCUUUAUCUGAUCCUGUGCAGUGGCCUGUCCAUACCAGAUGGUGAUGCAACCAGUUAGAAUGCUCUCCACGGUGCAGAUAAGAUGCAAUGCUAGAAGGUUUUCAUUUUAGGAUGCCAGUAGGUGAGAAUUCAAAAAGUACAACCUACAAAGUUCUCUUAAUUUAAGAAAACCAGAGAACCAGAGGACGCAGCUUUCAGAUGGGGGUGGAGGGUAUCACCUGGACUGUAAGGUGCUGCGAGUGAUUGUUUUAGGACUGACCUGGAACAGCUGAACAGGAAGGUAAGUGUAAAAGUAGAUUUUAACGAAUGUGGACAGACACUGCUGGUGUUGGAAAUCUGAAAUAAAAUUUUAAAAUGCAGAACUGCAUCUGUGGAGAUAGCUGUGAUGAAGAGAAUUGACCUGAGCAUGUUGGCUGUUUCUUUAUUCACAGAUGCUUCCUGACCCAGUCAUUACACAACACGCACACUUAUGUUAGCUGUGAGACUAUUAACUGAUUACAGGGUUGAGGACAGGUUAAGGCUGAUAGGUGAGCAUUUAAGACCAUAAGACCAUAAGAGACAGGAGGAGAAGUUGGCCAUUCAGCCCAUCGAGUCUGCUCUGCCAUUUUAUCAUGAGCUGAUCCAUUCUCCCAUUUAGUCCCACUCCCCUGCCUUCUCACCAUAACCUUUGAUGCCCUGGCUACUCAGAUUUAAAGGGAGGAACAUCUUCACUCAGACCGUGGUGGGAAGUGGAACAAGCUUCCAGCAGAAAUGGUGGAUGCAGGUUCAAUAGCAACAUUUAAGAGAAGGUUGGAUAAGUUCAUGGAUGGAAGUGGUCUGGAGGGCUGUGGUCCAGGGGCAGGUAGAUGGCACUAGGCAGAUUAAUAGUUCAGCACAGACUGGAAGUGUUGUGUAUUUAAUAUUUCAAUAAUAUGCGAGUAAUCAUGUUUAUAUAUGUGUUAGAUUAAGCAUUCUAGUUCAUUUAACUAAUUAAGUACAGGUUAUAUGUAAAACUACAUUAAUUAAAUACAUCACCACGCUAUCACGUGAUACGUGUGCACCUUGCUUAAAGUAAAAAACAAAGAUACACCCACAUUUCAGAAUCCCCGUGAGUUUCUUUGAAUUAAUUUCAUGUUUUGAAGUUACAAAACAUAACAAGAUGGGCCAAAGAGCCUGUCUCUGUACUGUAGUGUUGUAUGACUCAAUGACUCUUCAAGAUUCAAGGUAGCUUACUGUCAUUCUUCAGUACACAAGUGUAAAGGAGAACAAAAUGGAAGUUACUCCGGAACCGAUGAAACAUAAAAAACACAAUGAACAUAAAACACAAUAAAUACGAUUAUAAUUGCAAUGCUAUAAACACAAUGUACAAACUGUUUGAGUAUGGUCAUAUAUACAUAAGAUUAGCUUAUAUACAUAGAUUGAUUGUAUGCACAUAAAGUGACGCUAGGUGCAGGAGUGUCCAAACAUAAGGUGACUGACAGAAAAUGAUAAAGUGUCGAAAUGAUUGGUUUUUUAAUAAUUUUUUAUGAGUUUUUACAAUGUGACAAAACAAAAAAAAGUAAAAGGAAGGGUUUAUACAGUGCAAAACAAACAUAUCAAAUGUACACAUCAUAACAAUUAAGAAAAAGCACCCAUAGUGGAAUUGUAUAAAGUUAGUUACCGCCCCACCAACUCCAAGCCAACCUUAUGAUAUAUAAAAAAGUUAAUCAGAACUUUAUCACCACAGAGCUGUAUUUAUAAAAAGAAGGUAUAUUGCCUACUACCUAAUCUAUAAUAUGUUUACACAUCAAAAAAAAACUGAUAAAUCUUAACCAUAAGAAGCUGGAAGUAAGGGAUUUAAAUGCAAAAAAAAAAGGAGGAAUGCACCCUUAGUCUAAAUAGGAAUUAUGAAAAUAUUCAAGAAAAGGUCUCCACACCUUUUGGAACUUUCUAUCUGAAUUAAGAAGUGAAUAAUGAAUCGUUUCAAGGUCUAAGGAGGACAUAAUGUGUCUGAGCCAUUGAGCAUGAGUGGAUGGGGCAGCAUCUCUCCACCUAAGAAGGACUGCAUGUCUGGGCAAAGGAGAGGCGAAAGACAAUGUACAACACUUAGUCGGAGUCAAAUGCAUGUCAACUUCUCCCGAAGUACCGAAAAGAGCAACCAGAGGGUUAGGUUCCAAAUAGCAAUUAAGUAUAUGAGAUAAAGUUUAAAAAAAAAUCUCCAGAAUUUCUCCAAGCUAAGACAAGCCCAGUACAUAUGAAUAAAAGAGGCUUCGCCCCCUUUGCACUUAUCGCAACAGGGACUAAUAUCUGGAUAGAAUCGCGAUAAUUUAGUUUUGGACGUACAACCUUAAACUGUAAAAGUCAGUGGCAAGCACAUAGAGAAGUUGAAUUAACUGACUUGAGAAUUGAAUCCCAAACUUCGUCAGACAAAGGAAAAUUUAAGUCAUGCUCCCAGGCAGUAUUAAUUUUGUCAAAAGGGACUCGCUUCAACAUUGUUAACAAAUGUUUGUAUUUCAGAUUGUAGAAAUUAAACCUUUACCCAACGGAUUCAUACGAAGAAACAAAUACACAACAUUUUUAUCGGGUACCUCAGGAAAGUUUGGUAUUAGAGGAUUGAUAAAAUGUCUAAUUUCGAGAUAUCUAAAUAAAUGACUGUUAGGUAGACCAAACUUUACAGACAGCUGUUCAAAAGUUGCAAAGUGCUUAUCUAUGAAAAGAUGUUCAAGGCACCUAAUGCCCUUUCUGCGACAGUCUAGAAACGUUAAAUCCUGCAUAAAAGGCUGAAAAAGAUGAUUAUGUAGAAUAAGACUAGAGAGAGAGAAACCGAGAAGCCCGUUAUAUUUUCUGAACUGAGCCCAUAUUCUCAGAGCGUGUCUGACAACCGGAUUAACAAUUGAUUUAAGCAAAUGGCAAGGAAGCGCGGAGAUGGAGAGAUCCUUGUUAGAGUUCAACUCCAUUGCUACCCAUAUUGGGCAGUGAGACUGAUUAUAAAAGUAAGAUUGAAAAAUAAAACGACGUAUGUUGGCAAGCCAGUAAUAUAAACAAAAUUGGGUAAGGCCAUACCACCUACCCUUUUGAAGGUGAGCUUUAUUUAGUCUGGGACGUUUGCCCUUCCAUAGAUAGGACGAAAUAAUAGAAUCUAAUGGGUCAAAAAAAAGCUUCAGAAAUAAAAAUUGGUAAAGAUUGAAAUAAGUAUAAAAGAUUAGGAAGGAUAUACAUUUUAACAACAUUAAUUCGACCUAUCAGAGACAUGGACAAGGGUGACCACUGUGCUAAACUCUGUUUUGUAUGAUCUAAAUGAUUAGUGAAAUUUUCUCCAAAAGGACGCUUACAACGUCUUGUUACUGUAAUGCCAAGGUAAGUAAAUUGAUUAUUUACUACUUUAAAAGGGAGAUUAUGAAAUUCUAAUAAUUGUGCUUCUCUAUUUAUUGGAAAGAGUUCACUCUUAAGUAAAUUAAGUUUGUAUCCGGAAAGCUGGCUCAAUUUGUUAGGAGUGAAAACAUUGGGGAUAAGGAGGUAGUCGGGUAUGAUACAAAAAGUAAAAGAUCAUCAGCAUAAAGAGAGACUUUGUGAUCAGCAUCCGUUCCUCCCCCCCCCCCCCCCCCACCGCCCAAAUCCCUGUCAAUUCAGCACAACUACAAAGUGCAAUCGCCAAUGGCUCCAUGGCCAGAUCGAAAAGUAAGGGACUUAAAGGGCACCCUUGCCGGGUGACGUUAAAAUGAUUGCUGGCAGGAGGAACUCUUCUAAGUAGCAUCGGGGCCUAUGAAAACACAAUAGGACAGUGACUGUAGGUGUGAGAUGUGGAGUGUAAGUAUACUGUAAAGUGGCAGUGCAUGGAGGGAUGAAACAUGCUGAGGGGCUGUGGCAAGGUGUGACUGAUGCCUAUGUAGUGUUGGUGUGGAGUAGAAGGGUAGGUUAGAGGGUGGAGGUGUCGAUCAGCCUUACUGCUUGGGGAAAGUAACUGUUUUUGAGUCUGGUAGCCCUGGUCUGGAUGACUCCUCUCCGAUGAGAGUGGAACGAACAGUCCAUAAGUAGGGUGGGUGGAUCCUUCAUGAUAGUACUGGUCUUUUUUCCAUAUAUAGAUACCUGUCUGUCUAUCUAUCUACAUCCAUUGAGCACAUCUACAUGGGGAGCUCUCACAGGGAAGCUGCACCCAUCAUCUGGGAUCCUCAUCACCCAGGCCAUGCUCUCUUCUUGCGGCUGCAACCAGGAAAAAGGCACAGGAGGCUCACGACCCACAUCACCAGGUUAUUACUCAUCAGCCACCAAGCUCCUGAAGCAGAGGGGAUAACUUCAGUGAACUUCACUCGCCCCAGCACUGAACUAUUCCCAUGACCUAUGGACUCACUUUCAAGGACUCUUCAUCUCAUGUUCUUGCUAUUUAGUGCUCAUUUUUUUUAUUGUUAUUUUGUUUGUUUUCUUUGCAUUUACUGUGAAUGCCCACAAGAAAAUGAAUCUCAAGUUUGUAUUAGGUGACAUAUAUGUACUUUGAAAAUUCACUUUGCUGACAGACAGGUCGGUGUUGGUGAUGUGUUGGGCAAUGUGAACUACCCAUUUUAGAGGCUGCCUUAUCCUACUGUACUUCACCAUCUAAAAGAAUUGGCCAAGAGAACUCGCUUUAUGCAAUAAGCUGCUUUGAUCCUUCCAGCUUAAUUUAAUCUUUAAAUGAAUUUUAAGUCAGCAUGAACACAAUAGCUAAAAUGGUUUCUUUCGGUGCUGUGGAAAUUCUAUGAUAUCACGUUCAGUCCUCACACUAGAUGUAACCCAGACCUGUCCAUAGCUUAUCGUUAAUUCUUCUAAUAAAGUUCCAUGGCAUUUCAAUUCUUCUGCAGCCUUCUGUCGCUGGAAUCUUUGGAAUUCUCCACCCCAGUGAGCUGUGGAUGCCAAGUCAUUUAAUAUGUUCAAGGCUGAAAUAGAUUUCUGGACUACAGGGGAAUCAUGAGCUGUGGAAAUCAGUCAUGAAGAAUUUGAAUGCAAUAGUCCGAUCGGCUAUGAUCUUACUGCACAGGCUCAAGAGGAUUUAUGACCUUCUCCUCUUCCUACAUGUUAGAUACAUAGAUCAAUCUGUCAUUGAGAGAUUCUGAGACUGUGAGUAUCUUUAUAUAUAUAUAUAUAUAUAUUUCCAAAAUAAACCUUAUUCAUAAUAAGCAUAUAUAAAAAGGAAUUAACACCAUGCAAAGCACUUUAUAUUCUUAGUAUUCUUACUAUGGUGGUUGGGAUGGAAAAUAAAUCAGCCAUAAAGAUAAGAGAUUCUGCAGAUGCUGGAAGUUCAGAGCAACACACACAAAGUGCUGGAGGAACUCAGCAGGUCUGGCAGCAUCCAUGGAGUAGAAUAAGUAGUCAACAUUAUUUAUUUAUUAUUUGUUUGUUUAUUGAGAUGUAGCACAGAACGGGCCCUUCCGGCCCUCUGAGCGGUGAUGCUCACAAAUCCCCCAAUUUAAUCCUAGCCUGAUCACAGGCUGAUUUACAAUGAGCAAUUAACCUACCUACCGGUCUGUCUUUGGACUGUGGGAGGAAACUCACGUAGUCCCAGGGAGAAUGUACAAGUUCCAUACAGACAACAACGGGAAUUGAAUCCGGGUCACUGGUACUGUAAAACGUUGUACUAACCACUACACUCCCAUGCCACUCUGGCCAAGAAUGGCAAAGCAGACUUGAUGGGUCAUAGGACCUGAUCCUGCUCGUAUGUCUUAUGGUAUAAUGCCCAAUGCAUUCAGUUUCUGCUGAAUCUAUACAUGGUAGUGUUAGGAUAGCACCUUUGCCACUCAGGACUUCCACUGUUUGAGUGGCUUUCCUGCUGGAAUCGACCCCUCAAUGCCAGAUGCGGAAGGAGCCUAGGCUGUGGUCCUUCCCCACAAAACUCUUGUGUUGGAUGUGCCGAGCUUCAAUGCGUCCCUCAGCAUGUACUCCCACAGUCGGGAAUGUGGGAAUGUCAGUCACCAGCAUUCCCUUACGGACAUCUCACCAUGCCGGAACAUCAACGAGCUCAGGGAAACUAAGGGGCAACUUUCACUGAAUUGAUGAUCUUCCAGCAACACUUGAUUGUGUGAUGCUGCUAAAAAAAAGUUAUAAUUUCUUUAAUUGAAUUGUUUGAGUACACUUCAGUAAGAAUGCACAACCAAGCUUUAAACCCCACCACUUAACAGAUGGCCAUUAACUUCAGAUUUCUGGGCUUGGUGGUGAAACACUUGUACCUUGGUGGCAGUUUGAUAAAUAUGGUGAAAAACUAGAAUCAGUUCAAGUUUCAGCUCUGAACAGGCGACCAGCUGUCUAAAGGGAUCUCACGCCAUGUGAAGUGCAACCAAUUUUGUGUCAAGUGAAUUAUAUAAUGUUUAGAAAAUUUCCAGUCACUUCUAAAAUUAGUACAGUGAUAAAAGAGAAUGCUAAGUCUCCGAAUCCCAAGUAGAGUUGGAUUUUACACGUGCAAAUACACUGUUCAAAAUUAAAUCUCAAAACUAGACUAAUAGUGUCAGAAUGGGUACAGUAUCAGGAAUAUCUAUACCCUCACUACACCAUUCUUCUUCAAUUAUUCACAUUCAGUUUUAUUUAUCACAUGUACACAUAUCAAAACAUACAACAAAAUGCAUCUUAUUCAUUAACAACCAUCACAACAAAGGAUGUGCUGGGAACAGCCCACGAUCGUCACACCUAAUUGAAACCUAUCGAAUGCUUAUGUUAAAAGGCCUUGUUAGACUGGAUGUGGAAAGGAUGUUUCCCAACAUGGGAAAGUCUAAUAUCAGAGGACACCACCUCAGAAUAGAAGGGCAUCCUUUUAGAACAGAGGUGAGAAGGAAUUUCUUUAGGCAGAGAGUGGUGAAUCUGUGGAAUUAGUUGCCACAAGCAGCAGGGGAGAUCAAGUCUUUAAGUACAUUUGAGGCAGAGGUUGAUAGAUUCUUGAUUAUUCAGGGCAUGAAGGGAUACAGGGACAAGGCAGGAAAUCAGGAAUGAGAGGAAAAAUAGAUCAGCCAUGAUGAAAUGGUGGAGCAGACUCGAUGGGCCAAAUGGCCUAAUUCUGCCCCUAUAUCUUAUGGACUUACGGCACUAUGGUCGUACAUUCGGUGCAAACAUAGCAUGCCCAGCACGCUCAGCAGAACAACACAGAACACAGAACAGAUACAUACCAAGCCACAAUGUAACAACAGUGAAACAAGCCCCAUUCCUCCCUCCCUAACCUGACCCCUAACUCCUCCCUCCAUCCCCAAACCAUUGCUACAAACUGAAACAAAACCUAAGAAACCAACUAAGCCUGAGCUGUAACCUUGAAUCUUGAUGAAGAUCGUAGCUUGGCACCAUCUUGACUUCUUUUAGAGCCAAUCACAAAAGAAACAUGAAUGUGUCACCCGUGCCAAUAGCACCAAGGCGUAGAAUCACACACAAAGUGCUGGAGGAACUCACCCGGCCAGGCAGCAUGUAUUGAGAAAAGUACAGUCGAUGUUUUGGGCCAAAACCCUUCAGCAGAACUGGAGAAAAAAAAAGCUGUGGAGAAGAUUUGAAAGGUGAGGGGAGAGGAGAGAAACGCCAGGCGAUAGGUGAAACUUGGAGGGAAAGGAAUGAAGCAAAGAACCAGGAAGUUGAUUGGUGAAAGAGACAGUAGGCCACAGAAGAAAGAAGAAAGAGGGCCAGGGACAGGCAAUGAGCGGGCAAGGAAAAUAACAUGAGAGAGGGACAAGGGGAUGGGAAAUUGGGGGGGGGGGUGGGAAUUACCGGAAGUUUGAGAAAUUGAUGUUCAUGCCAUCAGAUUGGAGGCUACCCAAACAGAAUAUAAGGUGUUGUUCCUCCAACCUAAGUGUGGCCUUAUCAUGACAGUGGAGGAGGUCCUGGAUGGACAUAUCAGAAUGGGAGUGGGAAGUGGAAUUAAAAUGUGUGGCCACUGGGGAUCUUGAUUGGUCAGUGCAUGAAAGAAUACUGGGAGAAGGCAGAAGAUUGUGGCUGAGAGGAAAAUUGGAUCAGCCAUGAUGAAAUGAUGAAGCAGACUUGAAGGGGUAAAUGGCUUAAUCCUGCUCCAAUAUCUUAUCGUCUUAUUUUCUAAAUGGAUACAAAUAAUUUUGAAAGGUUUGUUUUGAAGGACAGACUAUCCUUCAGUAAUACAGGUUUAGUCAAAGAGCAGGAGAUUUGGUGGGGUGCAUGGUUUAUAAAAACAAUCUAUUUUACAGAAAACAGAGUCCAUUAGCUUUCUGAGGAGCAGGUCAUGCCUCAUGAGCCUGAUUGAAUUCUUUGAGGGGAUGACAAAACAGAGGGUAGAGAGUGAUGUGAUGUAUAUGGAUUUUAGUAAGGAUUUGGACAAGUUUCCCCACAGUAAGAUCAUUCAGAAAGCAGAAAGCAUAAAGCAUGAGAUCCAGUGAAACUUGGCCAUGUGGAUUCAGAAUUAGCUUGCCCACAGAAGGAAGACGGUGAUAUUAGGUGGAACACAUUCUACCUGGAGAUCAAUGAUGAGCGGUGUUCCACAGGAAUCUCUUCUGGUUCUUCUGAUUUGGAUGAGGUAGGCCGGUGGUAGACAUGCCAGGCAUCAUCCCCUGCUUUGCCUGCGGACAAUGUUGUUGCUCGCCUUGUGGAGUCUGCCGGUGCUAUGCCUUGCGGGAGUGCAGCCUGCUCCCAGUCAGAGGCACGCCGAGCGCAAUCUGUUCCCCCUGCGACCGGGAUGGAGAAGGAGAAAUGGGGUAGUACAAGCGGUGGAUCGGAUUUACGCGGGGGACGGCAAGCUCGGUUACAUGCUGUACGCAGACGGUAAGAGGUUCCUGCUGGACCUGCAGCGAGACGAAGCUGUCACCUCGCCCCGCUUCGGCGCCUCCAUCGUGGGGGGCUUGGAGCUUGACGAUGGGACGAGCGGCCGCUGCUACUACCGGGGGACGGUGGACAAUAACCCGGUGUCGCUUGCCGUCUUCAAUGUGUGCGGGGCUCUGAACGGUUUCUUCGCGCUGGGCAAAUCGCGCUACACCAUCAGCCCGUUGACCGACAUAGGUUCCCGGGGCCAUCGGGCUUUCGGUGACGGCUCGGAGCCGGUGCUUCACGUCUUCGCCAGGGAUGCUUUCAGGUUCCAGACUUUGGCACAGCCCAGCCGUUGCGAAAGCCGUGACAAGGACGGGCAGCAUCCCAACUCCUCCGACAGCCCGGGAGAGCCGAAACAGCCCGGGCGCUCCAAGCGCUCGGUGUCCCGGCCGCGGUACGUGAAGCUGCUGCUGGUGGCCGACGCAUCCAUGUCCAGCAAGUACGGGCGCAACAUCCAGCACUACCUCCUGACGCUGGCUUCCAUCGCUUCCAAGCUCUUCGGCCACGCCAGCAUCGAGAACUCCGUGCGCCUAACCGUGGUCAACAUCACUGUGGUCAGCCAGGCGGCCGAAGGGCCGCAGAUCGACAAGAACGCCGCGGCCACCUUGAAGAGUUUCUGUAAGUGGCAGCAUGCCAGGUACGGCGGGACGGAUGGGCAGACGGAGCGACACGAUGCUGCCCUCCUCUUCACCCGAGAGAAUCUGUGCGGACACCAGUCAUGUGACACCUUGGGAAUGGCAGAUGUGGGGACAAUCUGCUCCCCUCACCGUAGCUGUGCAAUCAUUGAGGACGAUGGACUCCACGCUGCAUUUACAGUCGCUCAUGAAGUUGGACAUCUGCUGGGACUAUCGCACGAUGACUCCAAAUUCUGUGAGGAAUCUUACGGCUUGACAGAGGACAAGCGACUAAUGUCUUCCAUCCUGACCAGUAUUGAUGCCUCCAAACCCUGGUCCAAGUGCACUUCAGCCACAAUAACUGAGUUCUUUGAUGACGGCCAUGGGGACUGCCUCCUCAGACCUCCACUGAACCCCAUGCGGGCACCAGAGGAGCUUCCAGGUCAGAGCUACGACGCGGCUCGCCAGUGCAAGCUGGCUUUCGGCCCGGAGUACACGGUCUGCCCAGGGAUGGAUGUUUGUUCCCGUCUGUGGUGUGCUGUCAUCCGCCAGGGACAGAUGGUGUGCAUGACCAAGAAGCUGCCCGCCGUGGAAGGGACCCCUUGUGGGAAGGGGAGGAUCUGCUUGCACGGGAAGUGCGUGGACAAAACCAAGAGGAAGUAUUACUCGGCUUCAGCGAACGGCAACUGGGGCUCCUGGGGCUCGUGGGGCCCAUGUUCACGGACGUGCGGAGGUGGGGUUCAGUUUGCCCGCCGGCACUGCAACAACCCGGCACCCCGGAACAACGGCAAAUACUGCGUGGGCAAAAGGGCAAUCUACCGAUCAUGUAACGUGACUCCAUGCCCGCAAACUGGCAAAUCUUUCCGGGACGAACAAUGUGAAGCAAGGAAUGGGUAUCAGACUGAUGCCAAGGGAGUCAAAACGUUCAUGGAGUGGGUCCCAAAGUACGCCGGAGUGAGCCCUGCAGAUGUGUGUAAAUUAACCUGUCGUGCAAAGGGAACGGGAUACUAUGUGGUAUUUUCCCAGAAGGUAAUAGACGGGACGGAAUGCCAACCAUACAGUAAUUCACUCUGUGUGCGAGGCCGCUGUGUGAAGACGGGCUGUGAUGGCAUAAUUGGCUCCAAACUUCAGUACGACAAGUGUGGAGUGUGCGGCGGAGAUAGUAGUACAUGUGUGAAAAUAUCUCGGACCUUUACCAAGAGAAGUGUUGGGUACAGAGAGGUAACGAGAAUCCCAGCUGGGGCAGUCCAUAUCAAGGUGAGACAGUACAAACCCAAGGGUCAGCAGCGAUUCACCGCUUACUUGGCAGCCAAGAGGAAGAACGGCGACUACCUCUUCAACGGCAAGUACAUGAUUUCAACAUCCGAAACCAUCAUCGACCUCAACGGCACGGUGCUCAACUACAGCGGAUGGAGCCAGAGGGACGAUGAGGUGCAUUCAAUGGGCCACGGCCCACUGAAGGAGCCACUGGUAAUUCUGAUUCUGGCCACUGACCCCAGGAAACCAGUUGACGUGCGUUACAGUUACUACAUCCCGAAGAAGCCGCAGGCUGCACCCAGUGAGAAUGCCCUGAAAACUCUGGCCGCGCAUUCUCACCUUCCCCAGUGGAUGACAGGGCCUUGGUUAUCCUGUUCCAGGACCUGUGAUACUGGCUGGCAGACUAGAACCGUUCAGUGCAAGAAUGGAGAGGGGAAGUUGGCCAAAGGAUGUCCUCUGUCCCAAAGACCAUCAGCAUUUAAGCAGUGCUUUCAAAGAAAAUGUUAAUGCACUUUUCACUGUGAGAGUUCCUUUCUUUUUAAUUUUGCCAUUCCAUUUUCUGUUUUAAUUUAAAAUUCUCGAAGGAAAGGAAGGAAAAUAUUCUCAGUACAUCUUGGUGUGAAGCAGAAAUGGCUUCGGCAUCAAGGACGUGGGCAGAAUCUGUCUCAUCCAAAUGACUGCACAUCAGAGAGUGGGGGAGCAUCGGACUCAUGCCCCUAGGAGUCCGCAGGCUCGGUGAGAGUGAGAGGGUGGAAGCCAAUGGCAGCUGGCACGUCACCUACCUCAGAUGCCUCCCUCGUCUACACUGAAGUGAGAACCAAGCGACUGUCUUUUCCACAGUCAUUGGGCAAGGCAUUGACUCCAGAAUCCUCUCCGACCCUCCCGGCGAAGCAGAUAUCCAAAUUUCUGGCACGGCCACCAUUUUCCUUUGCUCUUCCAUGGCCUGUCAGUUGUGGCCAGUGACUGAUUCCUAGAAGUUUGGAAGAGUGCAAGACUGGCAUUUUCUUCAAUGACUCCAAAGACGAUGCAAAACGCCAGACAAGCGGCCAUUUGUGAAAGGAAUGAUUAAUCUGGUGUCUUAAUGAGAUCACUGCACCUUGCAGACUCUAGAUUGAACUUAUGCCACAGUGUUUGCGUUAGAGUGCUUGUGGACGUUGCCUCUCGCUACAAUCCUGUUGUUGAAAUAGACUUUCUUAAAUGAGGCACUGACUGAUUCCAGUUUGUAAUUGCAAAUCUCUCUGGCACAAAAUAAAGAGCUGACUGAAAUUGAACAGCAGAAGAAAUGUGAGAAUAGAAAAUCCAGCGUUGUAUUCCUGAAGGAUCACCAGCUGGACUGCAUUCCAAUGCGCACCUCCAACUGAUGAGUAAAAAAUGCAGGCUUGAGGCUGCACCAAAAGAGCUUUCCCAGAAAACAGUGGCUUUUCAGAACACCUGAAUCAAUCAUCAUCUCAACUUACCAUUCUUGAGUGAAUAUCUGUCCACAGUUUGUCCCAACCCAUGGCGUACUCUGCUUGGCGGGUCAGUAGCCCGCACAGAACUGCAAUGGACAGAAAGGACAUGUUUGUGUUUAAUCUCCGACUGAAGGAAUUCUUUUGUUCCUUUGACACAUGCUUUAUCUAUGGUGCAGGAAAAUUUUGUUAUAAGCCAGUGGGAACAUGGCAUUAAUUGUCAAUAAGGUACUGUGAUCAGAUGAAACAGCACUUCCUUGCAAAGUUGUCUCAUGAGGGGAUGGGGGAUAUUGAAGAGAAGUAAAUUCAGACCCAGUUCUGGUAUUUACUUGGCAAAAAAGUCGGUCAGAUCGUUUUCCAUAUCUGUCAAUUCCACGUGACGAGAGAAAGCAGCGUGUGGGAGGCAGGCUUUCUUUUGCAAGAAAGUUGACCUUGCACUCCAAUUAGAAUUGCUGCCUGAAAAACCAGACUGUGUCUUACUGGAUGGCAUGAGGGGCAACCCUGGUCUAACGGAGACCAAAGGCACUCAUCCUGAGAAACCUCUGCCUCACAGCUGUGAGCUCGCCAGAGGUCAAGAGACAAGUUGGUCAGUCUGUUAGUGAGCUUCACCAAGCGCCCACUGCCAAUUCCACAAUUUAAGAGGGGUGUGGUGACUUGCGUUAGAAGUAGUUGACUUUACUCACCAUUCUGCAGUGGGCUGUAUGGAGACAUUUAGGCUGUUUCUGAUCAGCUAGCUGGGAUUCCCAUGGUAACAAUCAAAGCAGUGCUUAGAACCUUUGAUCUGCAGAAGUUACUUGCAGGUGGGAAAAUGUGCAAUUUUUAUAGUUAAUACUUUUAUUUUCAUUUCUUAUUCCCUCAUUUUAAUGGUCAGCUGCCAUGCCACUUAUAAGAUGCAUCAUAAUCUCUUUCCAAGUAGCUCCGUUAUUACUCAUUCCCAAACUAGAGUUGUACCUGUGGCGUCAGACCCUUCCCUGUCCCUAUAUAUCAGGAGAAUGGGGUUGAGAAGGGAUAAUAAAUCUGCCAUGAUGAAAUGGUGGAGCAGACUAGAUGGGCUGAAUGGUCUGAUUCUGCUCCUGUUUGGUACAGAGAAUCCAUUGCUGGCAGGCUUGGUACAGCAGUGUGUCAGUCAAUCAGAUAAGAAUCAACCACAUCGGCCAGUCACUCAUAGGCUGGUGGUUUACAAGCAAGUUUCCUUCUCAGAAGCGCAUUAACUGAUCACUUCAGCACUUCAGAUAACCCAACCACUAUGAUCAGUUUUACUGCUGCCAGCCUUUAAAGUUCCAGGCUCUCUGUAAACUCAAUGUGAAGUCGCAGACUCGCAAGAGGAGAGUUGGCAUUAUUUCUCCAGAGUUCAGUCUAUACAUGACGUCCGUCCGUUUACAUAACCACUAUGAAUAAAUGCACCAUGUGGCAUUGAACCACAAGUUCAGUCCUUUCCUUACGCUUGAUCUCAAUGGAACAAGUAAAGGUAAACACAAGAGAUUCUGCGGAUGCUGGAAAUCCAAAGUAACACACACAAAAUGCUGAAGGAGCUCAGCAGGCCGGGCAGCAUCUGUGGAAGGGAAUAAACAGUCAGUGAUUUAGACUAAGUGAAGAUUAUUGAGAUAAGAUUGUUCAGCUCCUCUGAAGGCCGACCCCCUCCAGUCUGUUUAUUUAUCUUUACUGUGUUUAGGCUAAGCAUGCCUAUCUCCUAUCAGUAAAUAGCCUCCUCACAAUAUCAGCCAAGAUUUUUUUUAUCUUAUUGAGAUACAGCAUGGAAUAGGCCCUUCUGGCCUUUCAAGAUGCACCACUCAGCAAUCCCCCAGUUUAAUUCUAGCCUAAUCACAGGGCAAUUUACAAUGACCAUUUCUACCUACUGGUACAAAACUGGCAUGUUUUUAGACUGUGGGAGGAAACCAGAGCACCCAGAGGAAACCUGCAUGGUCACAAGGAAAAUGGACAAACUCCUUACAGGCAGCGGUGGGAAUUGAACCCAGGAUGCCUGUACUGUAAAUCAUUGUGUUAACCACUACACCGCCAUGUUGCCAUUUAUAAGCAGAGGUUUCACUUUCCCAAGGGAGGAUAAAAAUUACCUCUUAUAGUGGGGUUGAGUAACCAUCCCAAUCCAGGGAAAACCCUCACAGCAGCAACUUGUGUCUGCAGUGCACCCCUUGUCUGGCUGUAAACCCACAGCACUUGGAAAAAUGUGGCCUUGCAAGCCACUCAGUCCAAGAGAGCAGACUUGAGCAUUAAAAAUCAGCUCCCAAAUCCUGUGAAAGGAUAAACCCCUCUGUCACAGGGAUCAAUGUAAACCACUCCUAUUAAUUCUCCAAAGCCCAUUUAGACCAAUUAGGAAGUAGUCAAAGUAGGGUCAGAAGUGGCAGGAUAUAGAUUCGAAACCUCACACAAAACAGCUCAAUUUGUCAAGGUUAAAAUAAAUCUUCAUACCAGGAAGCUCAGUGGGGAGUUCUAAAGGGAACGAAGUUCCCCUCUAUUCUUUGUCAAUGGAGAUAUGUUGGAUCCAGAUGUUCUACAGAAGUCAAGAACGAGACAAAAAACCUAUUGAUAGCAAUUUUAUUAAGUGUUACAAGAACAUUGAAAAGACAAAGAGAAAAGUAAUUGUGGUUGUCUCACACCCAGAGCAAAGAAACAAAAAUUCCAGUGAUAGCAAUUAACUUAUAAAAUAGCCAGAUUCAAGUCGUAUGACACCUGCCACUGAAAACUAAGAAGUUUCUAGAAAAAAUACAGAAGCAAUUAUUUGUACCGUAAUUACCGGAAAAUUCACCAUUACAUGUAUAUAAAAAUGCAAGUGAGCAUAAGGAAGUUAGACUGCGGGAAAAAAUAACAAUUCUAUACUCAAAUCCAACAGGUGCAGAAGUCAUCAACUCCUCCAGCACCAUGUAGAUUAUAAGCCUUUGAACAUUCAACGCUGAGCUCCAAUACAAUGGCCGUUUGUGUAACAUACUGGAGAACCAGAAUCACUCUGACAUGAGACUGAAAGCCCAAAUUUCAAGUUAAAUUGAAAGUAUAAUGAGUAGUUUUGGGCCCCUUAUCUAAGAAAGUAUGUGUCGGCAUUGGAGAAGGUUCAUUAAAUGAUUCUGGGAAUGAAAGUGUUAAUGUAUGAGGAGUGUUUGCUGGUUCCGGGCCUGUACUCACUGGAGUUUAGAAGUGGGGGGGGGGGGGGGGGGGGAUCUCACUGAAUCUUGAAAGGCCUAGAUAGAGUAGGUGUGGAGGGGAUGUUUCCAAUAUUGGGAGAGUCUAGGACCAGAGGGCACCACCUCAGAAUGGAAGUACAUCCAUUUGGAACAGAAAUGAGGAGGAAUUUCUUUCACUAGAGGGUGGUGAAUCUGUGGAGGCCAAGUCAUUGGACAUACUUACAGCAGAGGUUGAUAGGUUCCUGGUUAGUUAUGGUGACAAAGGUUAUGGGAGAAGGCAGGAGAAUGGGACUAAGGAUAAUAAAUCAGCCUUGAUGGAAUGAGAGAGCAGACCUAAAGGGUUGAAUGGCCUAAUUUUGCUCUUCUGUCUUAUGGUCUAAAUUCCUGGCAUGCCCUCCUCUAUGUUCAUCUCCCACUGGAUAAUUGUACAAAGACGAGAAAAUCUGCAGAUGCUGGAAUUCCAAGCAACACAUUCAAAAUGCUGGCAGAACUCAGAAGGCCAGGCAGCGUCUAUGGAAAAAAAGUAACAGUUGACAUUUUGGGCUGAUGCUGUUCAUCAGGAAUUAAGCAGGACAAAUCAUCAACAGUUUACUCUUUUCCAAAGAUGCUGCCUGGCCUGCUGAGUUCCUCCAGCAUUUUAUGUGUGUACUUGUCUCUGGUAGACAGGUGUGACCAUUUCAAGGAUAGAAGGAGCUCCAAGAAUGUGUCAAACUGUUCACUAAGUCUGUAAAUCUUUCCAUAACUUCUCAAGUUUACCCCAGGGAAUCUUGACAACAACCAUUACUCUUUAGCAAGAUGGAGCUUUCAGCACUUCAAAACAAAUAGUAUUGGUGUUAUUUGAAUGGGAAUAGGCAAGAAAUAAACUUGACUCUUUGGCCUUUACAGUUUAUGAAGGCCAAUGUCUAUUAUGCAUCACUACCUGUGGAUAUUAUCUCAUGAUGUGGCACAUUUUCAAAUAGGGAAACCUCUAGUUCCAGCAGCCAACGUUUGCUUCUGGAUGGAAUAAAGGACUUCUCUAAUUCCCAGGGAGCGUGAUGAACUGCCAGUUCAAAACUGAGUUAAGGCACCUCAAAGCUUUAGGGGUUGAUGGGGAGAAGAAUAGGUGAUGGGGGGAAGGGGAUGGGUAGAAGCUCGUGGAGGGUGCAGGGUCGAGUGAUGGGCAAGAACACUAUCAUUUACACCUGCAGUCUUAAACUCAGGUGACAUGUUUAUUGGAAAGGAAACAAAAUGCUCUUCAGGUCAGGCAGCUUGUGUGGAAAGAGAAACAAAGAUCUCAGGUCAAAGAAAAAAAUGUCAUGCAAAACGGAAGUUUUUCAUUGUACCUCAGUACAUGAGACAGUAACUUAACAAUAUACCAAAGGGUCAUGAACCUGUAAUAUUCAGUCUGUUCCUCCCUCCACAGCUGCUCCCUGACUUGCUGAAUGUGAACACCAUUUUUUAAAUAGAAGAGAUUCUACAGGCACUAGAAAUCCAGGGUAACACGCCCAAAAUGCUGGAGGAACUCAGCAGGUCAGACAGCAUCUACGGAGAGGAAUCAACUAUUGAUGUUUCAGACCAGGACCCUUUCUUCAGGAUCCUUCAUUCUCGAGUGCUGAUGACGGCUCUCAGCCCGAAACAUCAUCUGUUUAUUCCUCUUCAUAGAUGCUGUCUGACCUGCUGAGUUCCUCCAGCAUUUUGCAUGUGUUGUUCUACAAUUUCUUUUAUUUUGGGUCUAAAUGAUUCGCAGGAGAUUUUUUUGGCUAUCUCAGUGUGCGCUAUUGAGUAGCAAUGGAUAGAAUGUGUUAUUCUAGACUCUGCACCCCACACUCUUCAUUGUUUUCAUAGCUGGACUAUAGACAUUUGAAAUUUGCUCCACAGUGGUUUAACAAGUCCCUUUUAGAUCUAGCAGCUUAAGGAAGAAGAAAAUAUAUUUCUGCUGUGAAAACCUUUCAAUGGGGUCUCCAGAAAGAGCAGGGGGAAAAGCAUUCCAUUUAAAUUGUGGAAAAAAAUCCUGAGGCACAGCACUGAAAUAAUUUAUUUUGUUUUUGUACAACUGAUAUGUGUGAUUUUAAUGUUUUAUUUAUUGUUAUUUAAUUUCGAGAACACCAAACAGGCAACUUUUUUUUGGAAGAGAAAAGAAUUUGCUGUUGUGUCCUGUUUUACAAUUGUGUUUAAUUUAUGCUUCACUCUUGUGAAUUUUCACUUUUUUUUAAAUAUAUGUAUGUAUGUUUACGCAAUGUACAGCACUGGUUGCCUUGUGUAUUAUUGUGAUGUGUUUCCCUUCAUGCAGUUAUUUUGCCGUUUGUAUUCUUUGAGAUAAACUGCACUUAUCUUUUAUGAAAAAGUAAUUGACUGAGGCAGGAUGUCAAAUCCACUCUAAUACUUGUUUCAAAAAACGUAGCAGUUCUAUAAUGCAUAUUAAUCAUGUCAAAGACAUCUUUUUUAUCAAUUAUUUUAAGCCCAGCAGUAAUAUCCUGUAAUAUACUGUAACAUUAAUCAUUGCUGUAUGUGGAACUAAUGCCAAAAUUCAUCUUUUUUUUAAUGUGUGUAAAUUAUAUAUUCUCAAAUGCAAUA